AUGGAGUUCCCAUUUUUUCAUGGCAAGAUAACGAGAGGGACCUGUGAAGAGCGGCUGAGCAGGAAUGGAAAGAACGGGAGCUAUUUAAUACGCGAGAGUGAGAGCGUGGAAGGAGCCUUGUGCCUCUGUGUUCUAUUUGAAAAGGUUGUCUACACUUAUCGUAUCUUCAGGGAACACCAAGGACAUUUUAGGAUACAGACUUCUGAAGGUGUUCCCCAGAAGAUCUUCAAAACAUUAAAGGACCUCAUAUACACUUUUGAAAAGCCAGAUCAAGGACUAGCAAUAAACCUCCGCUACCCAGUAAACAAACCAAAGGACUCACAAAGAAGCUGGUGGCUCAAGUCAGGAAAGGACACCAUUUAUGAUGAAAUUGAUGACAGUGACUACAUCUCUUUCCUGUCCUGA